AUGCCAUUCAGUUCUCUAUUAGCAUCUCGAUCGAAGACUGAUCAUGCUAAACAAUUAAAAGAUUUCUUUACUGUGAUUGAAAAUGAACAAGAUAAAGAAAAGAAAAAUUAUGAAGAUGCAAUUAAAAAUAUUCACAAAACUUUACUCGCAUUAAAAGAUGGUCUAUUUGGUCCACGUGAUGGUAGUAGUGAACCAGCGAUAAGUGAUGUAUCACAAUUAUGUAGUGGAAUUUAUUCACAAGAACUUAUAACAACAAUGAUAAAUAAUUUAAGUCGUGUGACAUUUGAAGAUCGAAAAGAAAUUGUUGCCAUAUUUAAUAAUCUAUUACGACGACAAGUUGGAGCAAAAUAUCCAGCUGUUGAUCAUAUUAUUCAACGACCCGGAAUUUUAUUUAAAUUAAUUGAAGGUUAUGAAAAUGCAGAUAUUGCACUUAAUUGUGGUAUGAUGUUACGUGAAUGUAUUCGUGUACAAGAAUUGGCUGAAAUUAUUUUGAGAUCACCGGAUUUUUAUAAAUUUUUUGACUAUGUACAAAAGUCAACGUUUGAUAUUGCCAGCGAUGCUUUUGCUACAUUUAAAGAUUUAUUAACGAAACAUAAAUCUUUAUGUGCAGAUUUUCUCGAAAGAAAUUAUGAUCAAUUUUUUAAUAAAUAUCGUGAUCUACUUAAUUCAGAAAAUUAUGUUACACGUCGGCAAUCAUUAAAACUGCUUGGCGAAUUGUUGCUCGAUCGUUAUAAUUUUUCGGUGAUGACAAGAUAUAUAUCGAAUACAGACAAUCUCAAACAACAAAUGAAUUUAUUAAAAGAAAAAAGCAAAAAUAUACAAUUUGAAGCAUUUCAUGUUUUUAAGAUAUUUGUGGCCAAUCCAACAAAACCAAAAGCAAUAUCUGAUAUACUUCUUCGUAAUCGAGAAAGACUUAUUGAUUUUCUUACGACGUUCCAUACAGAUCGUACGGAUGACGAACAGUUCAAUGAUGAAAAAGCCUAUUUGAUCAAGCAAAUCAGUGAAUUAAAAGACACAAAAGCUUGA